AUGCGUCUCUCGUCUCUCGCCUUCACGGCUCUCUGUGGAAUUCGCCUCGUCGCCUCAGCAGCCCUUUCAAAACACGAGAACUCAUUCGAGCUCGUUGACGGCCCAUUCUUCACAUUCCAUUACAAGACCGAUCGACCCUCAGAAAAAAACUGGAUCGGAAUAUACAGUAUCUACGGCGAUGGUCCGGGCAAAGAAGAACCGCUGUACUGGGACUGGAUGCGGGAGUCAGAGGAAACGAAGCGUGUUGACGAUAAACAUCUGAACUGGGGCUCUUACAAGGCCUACUUCCUCGUUGGUGAUGAUUAUAAAAUCCUCGCUGGCCCAAUUGAUAUCUUCCUUUCUGGCAAGGGUCCUAUAUCGUUUAACGUCAAAGAAUUCACCACUAAGAAUGCUCGCGAGGGCGAGAAUUUCGAGGCUCGAGUUAGCGGUCUUUUGCACCAUGCGCCGGAUCCAAAUACCAAGUACAGCAAGAGCUCUGGUUCUGAUUGGAUCAGUGUUUCUGAGGAUGGUGUUAUCUCUGGGAUUCCAAGUGAGAGUGGCAGCUUUACUGUCACAGUAAAAGCUACAGCCUCUGAUAAAUCGACCGUCACAGUCGAUGUGACUGUUCCAGUGGUUCCUUCUGGAAAGUCCCUCGUCACUGAACUCAAAGUUAUGUCCUUGAACCUUUGGUACGGCGGUACCCAGGUCAGCGAUUACAACCGCAAACAAAUCUCCGCCAUCGCCAAUUCAAAUGCAGAUAUCAUCGGUCUCCAAGAAAGCACACACGGGCACGCGACGCAGCUUGCAGAUGCCUUGGGCUGGUACUCAUGGCAAGGCAAGGAUUCCAGCAUCAUCAGCCGCUAUCCCAUAGCCGAGAAGUACGGUGCCGUCACGGAGAUCAGUGGUGCAGUGCGAAUUGCUCUCGACGGUGAUGACAGCCAAGUCAUCAUCCACAACUGUCAUCCCUACGCGUAUCCCUAUGGGCCUUAUGAUCCUUGCUUUGACAAUAAGGGUGCCGAUGCGAUAAUGGAUACCGAGGAGAGGGGAAGUCGCAUUCGCCAAAUCAAUGCCAUUAUGGAUACCAUGGCUGACGCUCUCGAUAACGCCGACAAUGUCCCUGUCUUUCUGACUGGUGACUUCAAUGCACCUUCGCACCUCGACUGGACUGAUGAGACCAAAUCUUCUCACUGUGGUAUUGGCCAAUUCGACUGGCCUACUUCCAAGGUCCCUGUUGACGCGGGUCUUAUUGACGCAUACCGCGAACUUCACCCGGACCCGGCCACUGACCCGGCCAACACUUGGUCGCCCGUUUAUCUCAUCAAUGACGACUACGAUGGCCGCAAGGAGCCCAUGGAUCGCCUUGACUUUGUCUAUUACAAGGGUAAUCUGACAACGGAGAAGUCCGAGGUUUACAUGGUCGGUGAUCCCAAACCUGAGCCGGAUCACUACUACAAUGAAUGGCCCACUGAUCACAAGGGUGUUCUCAUUACAUUCAAGAUCGGAGUUUAG